UCCUUCCACAUGAGGGAGCCCCCGAGUAGUGGUUAUUCCUCCAGCCAGCUGUGCACUGAACCAGCCCCAGCCCACAACCACGGCAGCACGCUGGCUUGGCUGACUCAGAGACAGGAAGGGUUGGGCACAAAGGGACAGGUCCAGCAAAACAUGAGUAGGCCUGCAAACAACAGCUGUUGAAGUGCAGCCCAGAUAAUAACGUCAGAAUGAGCCUCCCCAAAAGGGUUUCCCUCUGGACCGUGGUGGAUGUGUUCGACUGGGUCAAGGAGCAGUACCCCUACCAAAAGAGUGUCCUCCAAGUGGCCAUCUUCAAGCAUGACAUAUCCGGCCGAGCUCUGCUGAGGAUGGGUGAACACCAAUUGGAGAGGAUGGGGGUGGAGGUGGAGCAUCUUCAGGAGGUCCUACUGGACAUCCUUCUCCUCAGGGUCCAGGAGGAACUUGAGAACCUUAACGACAUCUUCUCUGAGUGUUUCUCUUCAUGACUAUAACAGAAGAAGAGGUCUGAGAUAUCAUUAUUUAGUCCAUCUACGGUGUGGAGGACUAGAGAAGAAAAAAUACAUUUGCUUUCAGUAGUCAUUGACCUGAAGAAGGCGGCCAGAUUGGUUUUGGCAUGGUUGUAGUUUUACUGACACGUCUGUGAAUCAAGCCCUUACCCCUCGCUCUGCGCUGCUCUUGUGGUCUUAUUUUUCACAAUACUCAAUACACUAUGUGGCAGCUAUUGCAGAGGGAGAACAUCAUUCCCCACUUGAACAGGAUAUAGUGCAUCCCUCAUCUGGACUAAAUGUUGCAAUCCCAUACCAAGCAGUGAUUUGGCUAGCUAAUGGCCUGUUAUAUUACUCUCAGGAGACCCUGUGUGAAUUAGAAUGGAGAGUAAGUAAAUUAGUCCUGAGUUUAAUGCAGGGACACAUGGCCAUAAUUUAGAUAACAACCUCAAACCUAUUAGGCCCUACACAGGGAACAUAAUAGGAUCAUUUCAUGGGAGGUUUCUGGCAGAGACAAAAUGGCUUUAAAGUUUUAUGUAUUUGCUUAUAUAGUUUUAUGUUGGAGUAAGAAUGUUGUGUCUGACUGAAACUCGUCUGUGUUUAGCUUUUGUUGCUCCACACCUCAUGUUUGUAAGACGUCAGCAGUGUUCAUGUCUGUCAAAUACAAUGCAAUGUCUAGCAAAUCUUUAAAUGGAACACAACUACGCAUAGAAUCCCUCCAGUAUGACUACGCAGCUAGGAAUGUACUCUAUGCAGAUAUAUCCUAUUUUAUUUGCUCCGGGAACAUAUUCAUAUAAACAGUUCAUUGUGUAAUCAUGUGCUUGCUUAAAUUGCUCAGAGAUAACAGUUUUGCAUAUAUUAAGUGGAGCAAAUGAAAGUGCUACGUUUGCAAAUACUACAUCUUUUUAUGUUUCAAAUCCUCCUUCCUCAGAGAAAUUCCUCCCCAGACGUAAAUGUCCUGUCCAUUGUAUAAUGAUAACGUUUGUUUGCUCCAGUUAAAGUGCAUCCCUAAGGUUCUGCACGUUUCAUUAGACACUACAUGCACAUGAAAAACUGCAGGACUGUCAAAUCUGAGCUCAAACACUACCUUAGCAAAGCAUACAAUGCAGUUCAACUCCAAACCACCAUACCUGUAUUAUAGUGUAAUGUUUUCAUAAACAAGGAAACGCUAUGUUUAGACAUCCAUUUGCUAUCCAGCCUAGAAUACAGGAGAGAAACGGGUUACUCUGGUGAAGAGAUGAGAAUGAAAUGUCACGAGGGUGUUCAGUGGGUGAAUCUGUGAAUGAACCCUAUUUAGUGCAUGAGUCUGACCUGACAGCUCAUAUUUGCUAAUAAAGACCUAUUCUGAUCAUUGUUCAU